GCUCUUCUCUGAAACCAAGAACUUCUUAUCUUCUUCGGAACAGAGCAAAACAAACACAUCCCCCGAUGGCCGCCACGUCAUCAUCACCGCCGUGUAACGUCUCCGUGUCAUCCCUCCUCAUCCGUAAACCUUCUUGCACAAUCCUUAAAGUGUUCGGUUUACUACCGCCUGCGAGCAGGAGUAACCGUAAACUAGACCGGUUAACGGUGACCCGGUCUAAUCUGGCGCAGGAUUUUCUCGGUGAUUUCGGAGCUCGUGACCCUUACCCUGAGGAGAUAGCGAGCCAGUUCGGAGACAAAGUGUUGGGGUGCCAAAGCACUGAGCACAAGAUUUUGAUACCAAACGCUUCUGUUUUGUCUCUCUCUCAGCUUGAAUGUUCCCCUGUUUCUCCUUCGCAGCCUCCUUUGUCCGCCGAUGAUGCCCGAACGCUCCUCCAUAAGGUACUGGGAUGGAGUAUAGUGGAGGAUGAAGCAGGCGGUAGGAAAAUAAGGUGCAUGUGGAAAGUGAGGGAUUUCGGGUGCGGUGUUGAACUCAUAAACAGGAUCCAUAAGGUUGCUGAAGCUUCUGGUCAUUACCCUUCUCUUCAUUUGGAGAGUCCUACCCAAGUUCGAGCUGAACUAUCCACCACUUCUAUUGGAGGGUUGAGCUUGAAUGAUUUCAUAAUGGCGGCCAAGAUAGAUGAUAUCAAGACUUCUGAUCUUUCCCCUAGGAAAAGAGCUUGGGCAUGAGACCUUCCUUACUUCAUUAUUUUUGUAACAUUUUUGUUUGAUAAUAUAUAUGUUAUGUAUGUGAUGUAUUCUUCUUCAUUCAUCAAUGAAAUGAAGCUGCUCUACUACUUGUUCAUUUCA